GGUCGAUAACGGCCUUUGGGAACACAUUCCGAAACGCUCCCCUCUAUGUUUUUCAUUUCCGUGUUUUGUCUCUUGUUUUCCAUCUUUUUCCAUGCUUUAGUGGACAGGAUUACUAAAAUCCUAAACCCAUUGUUACAUGAACUAUCUGAAGUUCAGCAUUCAAAGAAAAAGUAUGUCCAGAGACAACAUUUUGUGUGGCAAAAUUCGUGCAUAUCAUUUGUGCACGCUUUGGUAUCUGGCCUCUGGUCUAUUUCAACGUUUUACUUUGAGCCUGAUUCUCUGACCGACCUUAUAAAUGGAUCCACAAGGUAUUCAGUCGCACUUGUGUCCUACUCCCUUGGUAAUUGUUUUUUUUCCACUUUACAUUCUUUAGGUUACUUUAUUUUUGACUCAGUACACAUGGCUGUUCUGCAUCCUUAUCGUUCUACUGUCGAGUUACUUGUGCAUCACUUCAUUAUAUUUAUUUGUUUUUCAUCUGCCUUACUUUCAGGGAAAUAUAUCGGAUAUGCAGUUGUCUCACUUCUUCCUGAAGUCAACUCCAUCUUCUUACAUCUACGAAGGGUGAUGAAUUACUUACGUAUACCCAAAGAUAACCGCUUCUUCCGUGCGACCUGUCUACUGAAUAUUGGUACAUUCAUCAUAUUUCGUUUCAUUGUAUUAUCUUGGAUGACUCGCUGGAUUGUUAUUAAUCGUGAUCAUAUUCCUUUUGGAUAUUAUUGCCUUGGAUCUGUUGGUCUUGCUGUGUUAAUGGUUAUGAAUAUUGUUCUUUUCAUCCGAGUGGUUUAUGCGGAUUUUCUGACAAACAAUACAGUCUCCAGUGCAGCCUCAUUAGUUGCUGCAGCUGGUGUGGGAACAAGUGCAAAUGGAAAACCCCAUCUCUCUAUGCAUUCAUCAUACAUGUCUACACAUUAAAAGCAUUUGUAUGUUGCAAAACGAUUUUCAGUUGUUCUUUUCUUUGGUUUUAUACACUGUAUGAGUUCCUUUUUUCUCUCUAAAUUCUAGGUCUAACGCUUUCAUAGUCAGUUUGUCUUCUACAAAAUUAUUUGUCUUUUCACUUAUAUAUGUAUAGAUCAUGUGGCUUUUUCAUUUAUGCCACUUAUUAAUAUUUAUAAACAUUUAAAAACUUAUCUCAGGUUUUUUUAUUCUAAAUUUUAAAAUUGCAAUAGGGUGUUUCUAUCACUAUCCUAAUGAUUGAAUUCUAAGCUGUUUAUUUCCUUACUAUAUAUCAGGGAUUUUUUAACACUGAUUCACCGUUUUAUGUGUGAUAUUAUCAUGGUUAAUGCAGAAAACAGUUUUUUUUGGUUAUCUUAAAGUGUACAUUUGAAAGUUAUGUCAGGUUUCUGAAGUGGAUUAAUAAAUGUAAAUGCAUCGUUUUACAUGAGAACUGUGAAGAUGCAUUAGUGUUUAUUUUUGUACAUGGUGUAUUCGAACGCAGAAUUUUGAUAGGGUUUUUUUCCUUACGGGAAUCUGACAGUCGCGUGUAAACUCAACAUACAUAACUUACCUUCUAAAUUGAUAACCAAUGGUCUUCAUCUUGUGUCAAAAUUGGAUUUGUGAACUGUUUUUGACGAUUUAAGCUAUAAUUGACAGAAUAUCUGAGCCUUGAAUUUCAAUCAUUUUUCGAAACUUCGCUAAAAGCUAC